CUUCGCUUCCCCCGUGCUGGCAACACUGUCUGAGGAGGGAGCCAAAACAACAGGAAACGAAAAAGUAUAAAACGACCCACAAGUGACCCGGCCCGGCUAGAGGUCAGGUCAGGUCAGAGGUCAGGAUGAGUCGUCGGCGUGGACCCAAUCGGAGGUUCAACGAGGCGCAGGUCAGCGAGGAACUCAAAAUCACCAUCGCGCUCGCCUUGAAGAAACUGACCCAGAAUGACGAGCAGAAAGAGUUGGAGCUUCCGUCCUCCCUCACGUCAGAGGAGAGGAAGUACAUUCACUUUUUGUCGCAGCAGAUGGGAUUCAAGAGUAAGAGCAGAGGCAAGGGGUCAUCUCGCUACCUCACUGUGUACAAGAAGGAGGGCUCCACCAUCAUGAGCAAGGAGGCGCUGGUGACGCUGGCCGAGCAGACGCGCUCCACCAUCCUCUCCCUGCUCCACCGCUGCCCCGUCACCAACAAAGAGCGCCAGGACCUGCUCUCCGCCACCGAGCGAGACAGACUCAUGAACCCGGAGUUGCGUGACCUGAGCGUGCUGAGGUCACUAGGUCGCCUCACACCCGGGCCGCCACAGGUGCCCCCGCCGGCCGCCCCGAGCGAGGUGGCGGCCGAGGCGAGGAAGCUGCCAGUGUGGGGGAUGCGUGAACAGCUCCUGGCGGCCGCUCACCACAACCAAGUGAUCCUGGUGUGCGGCGAGACGGGCUCCGGGAAGACUACGCAGGUACCUCAGAUGCUGCUUCAGGAGGCCUCAUCACUCGGGAAGCCCUGUCGGAUAUUCUGCACCCAGCCUCGCCGCCUGUCCGCUCUCACCAUUGCCGAGCGCGUGGCUGCAGAGCGAGGGGAAAAAGUUGGCUACACUGUCGGCUAUCAGAUCCGCCUGGAGAGCAAACUGUCACCGAAGACCCUGUUAACUUUCUGCACCAAUGGGGUCUUGCUGCGGACCUUAAUGGGCGGUGACUCUUCCCUGGCUAGCGUUACCCAUAUCUUGGUGGAUGAGGUUCACGAGAGGGAUCGCUUCACGGACUUCCUCCUCAUCGUGCUCCGUGACUGUCUGCCAAAGUUCCGUCACCUCAAGCUCAUCCUCAUGUCGGCCGCGCUGGACGUCAACCUCUACGCCAAGUACUUCAACAACUGCCCUGUGAUUGAUAUUCCCGGUCGCUGCUACCCUGUCAAGGAGUACUUUCUGGAGGAUGUGUUGAAGUACACCACCUACCAGACCGCAGAGAUGGCCAAGGCUGCCCGGGAGCUCGAGAAACGGCAGAGCGGAUUAAAAACUGCGACGGCUUGGACGCAGCAAAUCCUUGGCAAUGUGUCCGCCCCUUCACCCAUCCUUGCCCCCGCCAGGCUGACCAGCGGCGGAGGUGGCGGGGGAGGCGGGGCGGGUCAUGCGUUCCCGUCCUCUGCCUCCGGGGGGUCAAGUUUCACCUCCCCCCCGCCCUCAUCGUCGCAGGGUCAUUCCUCUCAUUCGGGGUCUGGGUCGCAAGGUCAAGGUCGCCCACAUGAAGGUAAUGAUGAUGGUGAUGAUGAUAUGGACGGCAGCUUGCGGAAGGAGAUGGACAACUGCAUUCAGGAGGCCUUUCUGUCAGGGUCGGACGAGGCGUUCUCGCAGAUGAUGUACUUGAUUAUGUCCGAGAACGUGUCCCCCGAUUACCAGCACUCCGAGACGUGGGCCACACCGCUGAUGGUGGCCGCAGGGAGGGGCCGAGUGGACGUCUUAGAACAGCUGCUGGCCCUGGGUGCGUCCCUGACCCUACGCGCGGCCAAUGACUGGUCCGCGGCGUGUUGGGCCAAGUCAACGGGCCAGGAGGAAGCCAUUGACCUCCUGCGGGCUUAUAGUGCUUGCGAGGGGGUUGACUUACCAGGGAUCACAAACAUCAACACCAAGACCAACGCCCAGGGUGGUGGUGUUAAUGGUCGCGGGGGUGGUGUUGGUGGUGGUGCGGAGGUGAGCGCGGAGGAUCGGAAGGCGGUGGAGGCGUAUCAUCACUCCGUAUCCGACGACAUGGUGGAUAUUGACUUGAUCCACGCGCUGUGUUUGAAGAUCCACACGGCGCAGGCCCCGGGUGCCAUCCUCAUCUUCCUGCCGGGGUAUGACGACAUAGUGACACUGAGGGACAGGAUCAUCGCAGAGGAGAGACACUACCUACAGGGCGGGAAAUACUGCCUCUUCUGCCUACACUCCAGCAUGCAAUCCAGCGACCAGAAGAGAGUGUUCCGCCCCUCACCCGCCGGCGUGCGCAAGAUCAUCCUCUCAACCAACAUCGCCGAGACCAGUGUGACGAUAAAUGAUGUGGUGUAUGUGAUUGACAGCGGAAAGGUGAAGGAGGUCAGUUACGACAGCACGGUGGGGGUAUCGUGUCUCCGAGCGGUGUGGAUAUCCCAAGCGUCGAGUCAACAGAGGCGGGGGAGGGCGGGUCGUUGCCAGCCCGGGAUAUGCUACCACCUGUUCUCCCGGGGCCGCUACCAGUCCCUGCUCCUCUAUCAGACCCCGGAGAUACUGCGCACGCCUCUGCAGGAGUUAUGUCUGCACACCAAGCUCCUCGCCCCGGCCAACAUGCCCAUCGCAGACUUCCUGGCACGUGCCCCUGAGGCCCCGACCUUUAUCAUGAUUCGCAGCGCCGUCCAGCUCCUCAAGAGCAUGGACGCGCUGGACGGCUGGGAGGACGUGACAGAGCUUGGCCACCACCUCCUGGACCUUCCCCUGCCGCCGCGCCUCGCCAAGAUGGUCAUCACCGCCACUGUGCUCAAAUGCCUUGACCCUGUGCUCACCGUCGCUGCUGCCCUGGCCCUCAAGGACCCAUUCAUGCUGCCCAAACACCCAGUGGAGAAGAGGAACGCAAGUGCCAUUAGACGCAAGUUCACCUCCGGCACCCACAGCGACCACAUGGUAUUGCUCAAGGCUUUCCAGGCAUGGCAGAAGGCGUGCACGGAGGGAUGGGAGAGAGGCUGGUGUGAGAGGAACUACAUCUCCGGGGCUGCCAUGGAGAUGAUUCACGGGAUGCGCUCACAGGUCCUGGCUCAGCUGAGGGGCGCUGGGUUCGUCAGAGCACGUGGACCGGGCGAUAUAAGGGACGUCAACAGCAACAGCGACAACUGGGCCAUGGUGAAGGCAGCGCUGGUGUCAGGAAUGUACCCAAACCUGAUAAGGGUUGACCGAGACCAAUGCCAACUUAGGACACAGAAAGAAAGCAAAGUCCGUCUACACCCAACAUCCGCCCUUCUUGACGUGGGUGGUGCGGGCGGCCACUCCUCCCUCGCCACGGCCCACCGCUCUCUGGUCGCCUCCAUGCCCUCGGACUGGCUGGUGUACGACGAGAUGGUGCGCAUUGGGGUGGUGGCUCACGUGCGCACCGUCACCCUGGUCUCGCCUCUGACGGUUCUUCUAGUAGCGGGUCCAAUGCGGUUGCCUCUGGACGCACUUUCCGAGCCGUCAAGUCGCAACAGCGGAGACUGCAGCAGCGACAGCGAGAGUGAGGAGCGCCCGGCUGGCCUCUCGUGCUUGGUGAGGAUAGACAGCUGGAUUCAGUUCCUCGGAGACCCCCAAGCCGCACAUCUCGCCCUCCAGCUAAGGCAUAAGCUUCACGCCCUUGUCCUGCGUCGCCUCAGAGCCCCGAACAAGCCCCUUACGCAGGCGGAUGAGGACGUGGUGCGUGUGGUGGGUGCAGCGCUGAGCCAAGAGGAGCAGGCCCUGAACAUGGUGCAGCCGGCAGGUGUGGGCCAGCGACCACGCCCACUAUACCCACACAGCCACCCCCAUGAAGGCGGAUGGUCAGUUGGCACAUCGGAUGACUCGCAAUCCAGCCACUCAUCCUCCAGGCGUACCAGCGAUGCAGCCACUCCCCCAGCACCCCCCCAGCAUCCGGCAGCAUCCAAGUACCCCACACCCGCCUCCAAGCUCCCCCAGUCACCCACGACCAACACACCCGGGGGAAUCAUGUCACCCGUCUUCACCCAGAACUCAUCCGCAUCACCCGCCUCGAAAAUGGGUCCGGGUGCCACUGGGGGAAAGUUUGGGGUGCCCUUCGGCGGGGGAAAGGGGCCCGGGGGAAGCUCCACACCCCAGCCGAUUAACAAGGGGAUGGUCGGGAUGGGUGUCGGCCCCGGCAAGAUUGGGAACAAGGAUGUGAAGGGCAUCUACCGCAACAACAACAACAACACAAACAACAACACCACCAGCACCAACCACCACCAAAACAAACCAAACACAAACAACAACCCGCCCAACACCACCACCAGCACCACCAACGACAACACCAACACCACCACCACCACCAACACCACCUCUGCCGGCAACACCAGUGGAAGCAUAGGCGCUGCGAGUGGGGGCUCUGGCGGUGGUGUGUCUGGGGGCAAGGUGCGGUACUUCAUCAUCAAGGCGUCAAUGUAUAAGCAGUUGGAGGCAUCGCACCACACCUCACUCUGGGCCUUCACGCACAGCACCGAGAAGAAGAUAUUGCAAGCGUGUCAGGGAGGGCAGGCGGGUGUGUUCCUCGUGUUCACCCUUCACCGCGGGGGACAGUUCAAUGGUUACGCGAGGUUCACCGGCCAGCGCACGGAUGAGAAGUGUCCGGAGAUCACCAAUGUUGCCCCCACGCUCGGCCCUCUGUACAAGGUGGAGUGGAUGAAGAAGUGGAAUGUUGGCUUCCACCACACGCGUCGCCUCUACAACCCCUACAACGACAACCUGCAAGUCCACCUGAGCCGCGACGGACAGGAGGUGGAGCCAGGCAUCGGGGAGCAGCUCAUCCGCCUGUGGGAGCGAGGCGGACCAGGCGGAGGAGGUGGAAGUGGAGGAGGAGGAAACUACAAACCCAAUAACAGCUACAUGAACUCAGGUGGAGGAGGAAGUGGAGGAGGAGGAGGAGGGAACAGUGGAGGUGCAAGUGGAGGAAAUACUCAAGGAAGCGGAGGAGGAGGAGGAAGUGGAGGUGGUGGAGGAGGUCAAAUGAUGCACGAACACCCCUCAUCCGCUCACUCCACCCAGAACAGACAUCCGGUUCAUCCACCUCACAUGAAUCAAGUCCACCAUCCGCCUUUCCACCAUCCGCCCUUCAACCGAAACUACGGAAACGGAUACAACAACUAUGGUGGGGGUGGAGGUGGAGGUGGUGGUGGAGGUGGUGGAGGUGGUGGUGGAGGAGGUGGAGGGUACAGGGGGAACUACAGAGGUGGAUAUAGGAGGUAGAUGGUGUGGAAUGGUGUUGAGUGGUGGUGGGUGGAUUGAUCUCAACUCCACAUUAGGUUAGGAAAGGGAUCCGUUUUUGUUUCUGGGUGGAUUGAACUCAACUCCACACUAGGUUAGGAAAUAGAUCCACUUGUGUUUGUUAGUUUGUUUGUGAUCCGUGGUUUUAAGAACAUAAGAACGUAAGGAGUCUGCUGUGGAAGAGAUGAAGGUGGUGUUGGGUGGAUUGAUCUCAACUCCACAUCAUCCUAGAAAAGGGAUCCGCUUGUGUUUGUUAGUUUGUUUGUGAUUCAUGGUUAUUGUGGAAGAGAGGAAGGUGGUGUUGGGUGGAUUGAUCUCAACUCCACAUCAUCCUAGGAAAGGGAUCCGCUUGUGUUUGUUCGUUCGUUUGUGAUUCAUGUUUUUUGCGGAAGAGAGGAAGGAAAGAGGAUAUGAAAGAUUAAAGAGAGAGAGAGAAAGGAAGGAAGAGGAAGAAGAAGAAAGGAAGGAAGACAAAAUAAACAAAAAAUGAAGAAUCACAUAUUUUUUUCAAGCUGGAGUCACAGAAGUUUAGGGCACUAUAAGAAGUGGCUAUCAGAUAUUACUUUGAAGCUUGAGUUUGUGAAUUAAAAAGACUUAUAUUACUCCACCUAUACCCAAAUCCAUCCUUAGUACUAGAUAGAGAAGGGAAGGAAAGGGAAAGGAAAGGAAAGGAAGGGAAGGGAUGGGAUAGAUGUAUGUGUGUGUGUGUUUGUGAACUUGAUAGAGAAGGGAAGGAAAGGAAAGGAAAGGGAAGGGAAGGGAAGUGUACGGAAGGAGAAGGGAAGGGAAGGGAUAGAUGUAUGUAUGUGUUUGUGAACCUGAUAGAGAAGGGAAAAGAAGGAAAGGAAAGGGAAGGGAAGGGAAGAGAAGGAAAGGAAAGGAAGGGAAACGAAAGGAAAGGAAAGGGAAGGGAUAGUUGAAUGCAUGUGUGUGUGUGUGUGUGUGUGUGUGUGUGUGUGUGUGUGUGUGUGUGUGUGUGUGUGUGUGCUUGCUAUAGCUAUGUUGGUUGUGAUAUAGGCCUAAGAAAACAUACCAACAUACCCUCAACAUACCCCAUCAGUCACUCCCCAUGUCAACUAAACUAUAUAAUCACACCCACAUUGCACUAGGCAGCUUUUAACUAUAGGGAAAAAGUAUAGAGUGUGUGUGUGUGUGUGUGUGUGUGUUUUGUAUUCUGAUAAGUAUUUGCUCAGUUACGAUUUAUAUAUAUUUGUUUUUGUAGACGAUUUUGCAAUACUACAAUUUAAAUACCUGGUCUAUUGUUUUCUGUAUUUAGUUUUCUUUUUUUGUUUUGUUGUUUUCCAGAAUAAUUACUGGAAUCUUGAUAUUUAGUCGUAUGAUUUUCCCGAUAAUUUGUGCAAGUAUGAAUUAUUUUUUUGUCCGAUAGUAUUUAUGAGGAACACAAGAAUGGCAUUUACUUAGCAUUCUCACAUAGUAUUUCCUUUCAUUUUCAUUUCUUGUACCUGUGUCAAACUAUCUUCCACUCCUUUCCAUCCCCAAAAUCAGUAUCCGAUAUCAAACGUACAUUGUCGAUUUUUUUUUUCUCUGGUGGUAAUGUUAGUUUUGAUGUUCCGUUGCCUUUUAUUCUGCUAAAUUGGACGUGUUACCAAGAUUAUGACAUGCACUUUGGUCUCUAUGCACUUCACUAUUCAAUGUUACAUCACACUAAAUUUGGGGUGAAUUUACACGCAAUAUUUCGUCUGUUAAACCCAGAAUUUCCGUUGCCUUUUAUUCUGCUAAACUGAACAUGUUACCAAGACUGUGACAUGCUCUCUAUAAUACAUUUCACUAUUCCUAUCAAUGCAAAGUUACAUCACACUAAAUUUGGGGUGAGUUUACACGCAAUAUUUCGUCCGUUAAACCCAGAAUUUCCGGUCUUUUAUUCUGCUAAACUGAACAUGUUACCAAGACUGUGACAUGCUCUCUAUAAUGCACUUCACUAUUCCUAUCAAUGCAAUUUUACGUCACACUAAAUUUGGGGUGAGUUUACACGCAAUAUUUCGUCCGUUAAACCCAGAAUUUCCGUUGCCUUUUAUUCUGCUAAAUUGGACGUGUUAUCAAGAUUAUGACAUGCACUUUGGUCUCUAU